UAUUGUCUGUGCAGGCUGCAUCCAUCGCAUCAGUCAACAGUCAAAGGAAAUCUGGAUUCUAUUUGCUGAAAAACAAGAGGAGCGACUUGGACACAAUCAAAGAAAACUCCCAACAGAAAGCAGAGGACCAGUUGUCCACCGCAAACCGGAUGUUAAUUUUGUGCUUGUAAUUUUUUUUAAACCAAGUCAAACGUGUUAAGACUCCCCUGGGCCUGAAAGGUGUAACUUUUCAACGCAGUUUUCUUGGAGCAGAGGUCUUCAACAUGAGCAAGCCUACUGGUUCAACAAGUGGUUGUCUGGAUAUUUUAAAUGUCAAAUCCAGUCGGAUUCUGGACAUUCCAUGUAAAGUGUGUGGAGACCGAAGUUCUGGAAAGCACUACGGUGUUUAUGCGUGUGAUGGCUGCUCGGGAUUUUUCAAGAGGAGCAUAAGGAGAAACAGAACUUAUGUCUGCAAAUCUGGCACACAGGGCGGCUGUCCAGUAGACAAGACACACAGAAAUCAGUGCCGCGCCUGUCGCUUGAAAAAGUGUCUAGAAGUGAAUAUGAAUAAAGAUGCCGUGCAGCACGAGAGAGGACCGAGGACUUCAACCAUUCGAAAGCAGGUGGCACUGUAUUUCCGAGGGCAUAAAGAGGUGAACGGUUCGUCGACCCAUUUUCCAUCCACGGCUAUCCCGGGGCCGCCGUUUCUCACUACAGUCACGCAGCUGGAGCCUCACAAUCUGGAGUUAAACACGGUCACAAGCACACCGGAACGACAGGCCAUUGUGGGACUCGCCCAACCCACACCGAAGUAUCCUCAUGAAGUUAGCGGCAAUCCCAUGUACCUGUAUGAAGUGGCGACCGAGUCUGUGUGCGAAUCAGCAGCGCGCCUGCUCUUCAUGAGCAUUAAAUGGGCCAAGAGCGUUCCGGCCUUCUCCACACUCCCUCUACCGGACCAGUUGAUCCUUUUAGAAGACGCUUGGAGGGAACUGUUCGUGUUGGGCAUAGCGCAGUGGGCCAUUCCAGUGGACUCCAGCACUCUCCUAGCUGUUUCAGGAAUGAACACCGAGAACACAGAUUCCCAGAGGCUAAACAAAAUCAUCGCAGAGAUCCAGGCGCUGCAGGAGGUCGUGACGCGCUUCAGACAGUUAAGACUGGACGCUACGGAGUUCGCGUGCCUCAAGUGCAUCGUCACUUUUAAAGCAGUUCCAACACACAGUGGUUCGGAAUUGAGGAGCUUUCGCAACGCCAGUGCCAUUGCAGCCCUUCAGGACGAAGCCCAGCUGACUCUAAACAGCUACAUCCACACCAGGUACCCCACUCAGCCGUGUCGCUUUGGGAAACUGCUGUUGCUCUUGCCUGCUCUACGUUCAGUUGGUCCAUCCACCAUUGAAGAGGUGUUCUUCAAAAAGACCAUCGGAAACGUGCCCAUCACACGACUGCUCUCCGACAUGUACAAAUCCAGUGAUAUAUGAGCUACUGAGAGACAGAGAAAAGAAAUCAAGAUGUAUCUUUGACCUUGGCAUUCGCAUGGACGCUGUGGAUGAUACCAGAUACCCUAAUGUGAUACUUCACGCACUUGUUUUGAGAACAAAGCUCUACCAAUGUCAAGAUGUUAUUAUGCAGGGAAACUAUAAAACAAACAAAAGACUGAAUCUCUACAAGUUGAGCUUACUGCUUAGAACGAAAA